AUGUCACUAUUUGGACUGAGUGGAAACGGAACCCUUAAACAAGGAGACUCGUUAAAUCUGACGUGUGAUGUGAACUGCACACACAGUUCCUCACAGUUUGUGUGGUCUAAGAACAACGAGCAGUUAAACACAUCAGGACCCGUUCUUCACUUUCCUGCUCUAACCGUGAGGGAUUCUGGGAAUUACACCUGCACUUGGAAAACCAAGGAGACGUCAGGAUCUAAAACCAUCAGCCUUCAGGUCGAGGGUGAUUGGGGAGUGAAAUAUCCAGAGCCGGUUUGUGCUGUGAGAGGAUCCAGUGUCUCCAUUCCCUGUAGUUAUUAUUAUCCUAAGGGAAUUCAGGUGGCACAAAUGCUUUGGUGCUUAAUAAACUCAAACAAAGGAAGGUGUACAGACCUUCCGUAUGUUUAUAACAGCUCAUCAAACACCACGUCAGACUUUGAGUACGUUGGAGACGACAAAUCAAACUGCACUUUGUUAAUCCACAAUGUAGAGUUCAGUAAUUCUGGAGAGUACAGAUUCAGAUUUAUAACUGAUUGGAUUGAUAGUAAAUGGACAGGUGAACCAGGAGUGACUCUACAAGUUGAAGAUUUAAAGGUGUCACUAAUGAGGCUCAGUGGAAACGGAACCCUUAAACAAGGAGACUCGUUAAAUCUGACGUGUGAUGUGAACUGCACACACAGUUCCUCACAGUUUGUGUGGUCUAAGAACAACGAGCAGUUAAACACAUCAGGACCCGUUCUUCACUUUCCUGCUCUAACCGUGAGGGAUUCUGGGAAUUACACCUGCACUUGGAAAACCAACGAGACGUCAGGAUCUAAAACCAUCAGCCUUCAGGUCGAGGGUGAUAAUCCUGAUCGGUUGCCAGUCUGGAUCAUUGCUGUAGUGACAGUUGGAGUGAUCAUCAUCAUCCUAGUCAUCUUAGGAGCUGGAGUUUACAACAGGAGGAAGAAGGAUGACGCUCCAGAGGACAACAUUGUAAAAGCCAGAGAGCAAACAGAGGUAAAGCAGGCUCCUCAGCCCAAAGAAGUGUCACAGCAGGAGGAAGUGGAAUAUGCAUCUGUGUGUAUCAAAGAUAAUAAUCUGAACAAUGGGCAUGUCCACACUGAGCAGGAGAAUGUGGACAUAUCCGUGAUCUACAGCACUGUGGUAAUGAAAUGAUUACACGUCCCCAGUCAUAUCUUCACAGGCCGCUUGAAAAGGACGGAAAGGCUUUCAACUAUGUGUGUGUGACCAGGGUUUGAAACCUGGAUUUAUAGGGCGACAUUGGUGGCACCGG